GAUUCACCUCGGAUCGGACACGAGGCUACCCACACCUCUUAAUCGAACCCACGCCUCCAGAAUAAGAGCAAACUCCGUGUCCAGUGGGGGACAUUAACAAAGCCCAAUAUACCCGCUAAAUUCAUUCAUUUAUGGCAGAACAAAAUUAACCAAGCCGAAUAUACCCGCUAGAUUCAUUUACAUAGUGCAAAAUUUCCCACCACCAGAUCCGAAAACCCUCGAUAACACUCUCCCUCGACACCCAGUUCUUCUUUUUCCCACUCCUCAUCGACGAUGGCCAGGGCGGUGGUGAUGCGGCCGAACGCGGUGGUUCUACGCGCCUUCCAAUCUCGUUUCUUCACCACCCACUCUCUCCUCCCUUGUUUUCGGCCCAGGAAACCCGUUUUGGUGUUGGCCCAGAAAGGUUAUCCGAGGACGCACACUGGAUGGGGGAGCGGCGGCGUUUUUGGAUCCGUAAUUGGCAGCCGUCGGAGUUUUUGCAUCCGAGCAACGACGACCCAAGUUAAUGACUCCGGAUCAAUCGACUCCCCGUUGAUUCAGUCCAUGGAGAAGAAGAUAAAAGAAGAUCUAAAUGCAGAAUCAGUCACUGUGAAGGAUGCUUAUGGCGAUGGUCGGCACGUUAUGAUUGAUGUUAUUUCCUCAUCAUUUGAAGGACAAUCGGCUGUGAAUAGGCAGAGGAUGGUAUACAAAGCCAUAUGGGAGGAACUCCAGAGCAUUGUGCAUGCGGUUGACCAGAUGACUACCAGAACACCUGCUGAAGCAGAAGCCAAGAAGUGAUGAGGAAUAAUUUUAUGAGAUAAAGCUUCUUUUAGUGAACUCCUUGCUGUGUCGAUGAAAUACGAAUGUGAAUGGUGUCCACCUUGUCUGUAUACAUGGUUCACACACUUGCCAUUGGUCGAUUGGAUUUCUUUAUCUAAUUUUGAUUACCUCAUAA